AUGCAUUCCUUGCAGUCCAUUCCUCGUUCAUUUUUCAUCAAGUACUUAAAGGGUCAGAACUGUGAAAGAGCUGUACUGAGGAGCUGUGGUAGCAGAGCAUGGUCCGUCAAGAUUAAGGGCCGGAGAUUUGAAGAUGGCUGGGAAGAGUUUGCUCGAGACCAUGAUUUGUAUGUUGGUGAUGUCUUGGUGUUCAGACAUGGAGGAAACAUGGUGUUUGAUGUUAUGGUUUUUGACACGAGGAGUGCCUGUCAGAGAGAAUGUCCACUGUUUGCUAUGAAAGGCAAAGACCAAAAGAAUAGUUCAGCAAAAAGAUUUGGCAAACAACUUGAGAAAUGUACAAGCGCUUCGUUCAACCAUGAACACCCUUAUUUUGUGACAACACUGAAGCCUGAUCACCUGAAAGGUUCUAAACUGAAUAUUCCAAGAAAAUUUGCAAGGUCCAAUGGUCUGACUGACAGAUUCUGUGAGAUGGUUCUUGUCGACCAACAAGGGAGAUCGUGGAUAGCAAAUUUACGGCACAAGAAGUCAGAAGGCCAAGUCUAUAUUGGGCGCGGUUGGAGAAACUUGUGCAUUGCAAAUAACCCCAAGGAAGAGGAUUCUGUCCUACUUGAGCUCAUUGGAAACGGGAAGAAACCUGAGGUUGCAAGAGAUUCUAGUGCCAAGACAAAGCCAAAUCAUACCGAUUCCAAGGCCGGUAAUUUGAGCUGUUUCUGUGAAGGAUCGAGCAGGUGCUGA